AUGGCGUCCAUAUUAGGAUCAUCAUCUCCAGAUGUCUCUCCAACUACCUCUGCACCUCAAAAUGGUCUACCCGGCCUUCGAGACAGCUUCCCGCUCUCAUUGUCUUCUUCUUCUCCGAAUGGGGGGGGAGGGGGAGGGGGAGGGGGCGGCGGCGGCGGAACUGGAGGGGGUAGUGGCGGCGGCGGCGGAAGUCAUUCAAAUGGAGGGGGAAGUACAGUAACAGGAAAUGGCAGUGAGAAUGGAGGAAGUAACAGCCGCGAGAGAGCACCUUCACAGAGUUCUGACAGAGAUAUUACAAUGACCGGUUUGUCUACAGCCUCGAAUGGUACUAAUGGGUCAGUCAAUACUCCUACAAGCAGGAAGAGGCAAAGUGUAGACGGUGUGGAAUACCCUCGCAGACGUGCAACAAUAGCAUGUGAGGUCUGUCGUUCUCGGAAGUCACGAUGCGAUGGUUCAAGACCGAAAUGUCGUCUUUGUAUCGAGCUGAAUGCAGAGUGUAUAUACCGGGAACCCGGCAUUAAACUCGACGCUGGUGACAAACUCAUCCUGGAACAUCUCUCCCGAAUCGAAAACCUACUCCAAACCGCACUUCCUUCAAGCCCUUCUGGUAGCAACAAUGGUAUGCCGAUGUCAGCUGGAUCUCCAGCUAUCAGCAAUGCCACCGGGAUUAGUACUGAGGAUAUGCUGAUGAAAUCCACCCUCAAUCUUUCUGGUAUUGGUAACCCUGGGCCGGUCGGUUUGGGGACAUGGUCAAACUUUUCCAGCAUGCCCAAAAUCCAUUCAACGCCUGCGCUCCAUCUCCUUCAAUGGCCCAAGAUAUCGCAAUUGGUCUCGCGCCCCUACAGCCCAUCACAUCUGCUACAACUUGAGUUGGCUCGAACCCCGCUACAACUAAACACCUCUUUGACACUUGAUUUAUCUAAUACUGCCGCAUAUGUACAAGCUUUUUUCGAGAGAGUUAAUGUGUGGUAUGCCUGUGUUAACCCAUAUAACUGGACAAGCUACUAUCGAACAGCUCUGUCUCAAGGGUUCAGAAGCGGGCCCGAGAGUUGCAUCGUUCUAUUGGUAUUAGCUCUUGGUUGUGCCAGUACUAGAGGCAGUAUUUCCCGCAUUUCGCAAGACGAAGACCCUCCCGGGAUGUCAUACUUCUCGGCGGCAUGGGGACUAUUGCCAUCACUUAUGACAAGAACGACAAUGAUCUCUGCUCAAUGCAUGAUUCUUACGUCGGCAUACCUGUUCUAUAUUGUCAGGCCACUCGAAGCGUGGACUUUGCUCAGUAGCACCAGCAUGAAACUACAAUUGCUUUUAAGCACCAACCCUCCAGCGAUGUUGCCAACCGCCAGCAGGGAGUUGAGUGAAAGGGUUUACUGGAAUGCUUUACUGUUUGAAAGUGACCUUCUUGCGGAGCUUGAUCUGCCUCACUCGGGUAUAGUUCAGUUCGAAGAAUCCGUAGGACUGCCUUGUGGGUUUGAGGAGGAAGACGAGGAACCCGUUGGUGGAGGUCGUGAUGAUCUGUGGUAUUUCCUUGCCGAGAUCGCUUUACGUCGGUUGCUCAACCGCGUGAGCCACCUCAUUUACUCCAAAGGCACAUCCACUGCGAUAUCUUCACUAGCACCCAUUGUUGCGGAGCUUGAUUACCAGCUCACACAGUGGUAUGAGAGUCUACCAAUACCAGUUCAAUUUCCACAUAGCAGAAUCAUGUUAUCAAACCCGGUACAAACAGUUUUGCGGUUGAGAUAUUUUGCUUGCAGGACUAUCAUAUUUAGGCCAUAUAUUCUGGCAGUGCUGGAGAAUGAGAAGCUUGGGAUGGAUAGCACGGUUCGGGAAAAUUGCCGCAAGUGUCUGGAGGCGUGUAUUCGACAGUUAGAGCAUGUUACGGAACAUCACGCUGGACAUAUGCCUUACCUUUGGCAAGGAGCAUUAUCCAUUGUAUCACAAUCUCUCCUUGUUAUGGGAGCAACAAUGUCCCCGUCGCUUGCUUCGGUUCUCCCCGCACCAGAGCAAAUGGAUAUAAUGUUCCAAGAUGUCAUCGAGGAAGUCGAACGCUACGCCCACCUCGCACCUAGUUUGAGAAUGUCGGCAGAAAUCAUCCGAGAAGCUGAGGAUAGAAGACAAGUCUAUCUUCGCAAUGCGGGGAUGAGGGUAUAA